AUGAGUUUACAGGUCCUCAGCGAUGAGAACCUCAGCAGCGAGAAGAGCCCCGAGAGCUGCAACUUCCUGUUUUCACCACCAGAACCUUCCGGAAGAUCAGCUGUGCUCCGCCUGUCACAGAAAGAGAAUGUGCCACCCAGGAGCCUGGGCAAAGCAGUGAAGGUGACCUUCCAGACCCCGCUGCGGGACCCACAGACACACAGGAUCCUGACUCCUGGCCCGGGCAGCUGUCUGCAGGCCCUGCUUGCUGUAGAUGACAGCUGUAGGCCUGAGGGCGCCCUGCACAUCCCACCGCAAAGCGAGAGCAGCCACCAGCUCAGCAGGGAGGCAGACGCUCACGCCUCCAGUGGAACUCUCCAGAGACAAGCAGUGGCUGAGGCAGACCCCUUGGGGACGGUGAGCCUGGCCACUGAAGACCCUGCCUCAGGCAAGCCUGGCCCAGUGUCCCCGAGUGCCUCCAGCUCCCCCCAGAGCCUAGGACCUAGGAAAGACGAGGCAGCAACUCCAGCCGUCCCCGGCAGCCCUCACGUUGCGCUGCAGGGAGAGGGGGUUGCCCGUCUCCCCGAUGACAGACGAGCAACUGCCACCUGUAAGCCAGACCUAGUCCCCACACAGAGUCCACCCACUGCUGCCUGCAGAAGCCCGCACAGUGCCCACCUGUCCUCGCCCAUGGCUCCUGAAGAAUUACACGGGCUGCCCGGAAGAGCCGAGGCUCCCCUGCAGCCCACGGGCUGCCUGGCACUGGCAGACGGAGGCCUGUCCCCUCCUCCUGAGUACUCGGCCCCCACUGCCCCCUCACAGGCCAGCAGGACCCCAUCCCCAAGGCCCCAGAAGGAAGCUGUCGCUGAGCAGGCAGCUGAGUCCCCACAGACCAAGCCCUGUGCACUCGGACUGGAUGUGCCCGGCAGCGCCACCAGCGCCGUGGGUCCCCAUCCCUAUGCACUGGGACAGAAGCAGGAAGUGGCUCCCGGUGAGGCCCACAGCAGGGACGGGCAACCCAAGCCUGCAACCCACCUCAGCCAGGAGGAGUCACCAGUGCUGGGCUCCAGUCUGUUGGAAACUGACCGUGAGACUGCUGGCCACGCCGCCCAGCCCUGGGAAGGCCCUGAAAGCAGCACUGUGCAGCCUGAGGCCGCAUCACCAGGGACUGAGCCUGCGACUACAGAGCCCUCGCCUCCCAGCCGGCCACAGUGUACAGCUUUGCUCGGCAACACCCCUGAGGUACAGAUGGCAGCCAAGAUCCCAGGAACAGAGGACAAGGGAGUUGCUGGUCCCUGGGGCAUGACAACACCCACGCACUGUCCAGGCGGGGAGCCCACAGCUCCCACUGCUCAGCAGUUGCCAGAGCCAGUUUUGAACGUGGAGGAGGAGAGCUUCCGAGACCCGGCUGAGGCUCUAGGCAUGGACGCUGCUGAGGUGGAUUACCUGGAGCAGUUUGGAACUUCCUCGUUUAAGGAGUCGGCGUGGCGGAAGCAGUCCUUGUACCUGAACUUUGACCCCCUCCUGAGGAACAGCCCCCGGCGGCUGCUGCUGCCACAGCUGCCGCCAGCCCCGGCCCCGGAGGCGCACAGCACACAGGUCCCGGAUGGGCCCUCGGGGGCUGCCCAGGAUGCCCUGCUGGUGGACCUGGACCUCCUGGGACCUGUUGGCCCUUCAGUUCCUCUACAAGCUCAGGUGCCGAGCACACCCCCGGGCAUCCUGCAGCCUGGGGACCCACCCGUGCCAGUGGGGCCCGUUGUGGACUUGCUGCAGUAUAGCCAGCGGGAACUGGAUGCUGCGGUGGAAGCGGCACACAGGGAGAGCCAGGAACUGAGGCGCAGGUGUGAGGAGCUGCAAGCCAAGAACCUGGAGAUGGGGAAGAUCAUGGAUGGGUUUGAGGCAAUGGUCUACCAGGCGAUGGAGGAGGGGCAGAAGCAGAAGGAGCUCGCCAAGGCUGAGGUGCAGAAAGCUCUGAAGGAGAAGGCCCUGCUCGCAGCCGACCUGAGCUCCAUGGAAAAGUCCUUCUCCGACCUCUUCAGGCGCUUUGAAAAGCAGAAGGAGGCGAUCGAGGGCUACCACAAGAACGAGGAGGUGCUGAAAAAGUGCGUGCAGGAUUACCUGGCGAGGAUUGAGAAGGAGGCGCAGAGGUACCAGGCGCUGAAGGCCCAGGCCAGUGAGAAGCUGCAGCUGGUCAAUGAGGAGCUGGCGCAGGUGCGCAGCAAGGCCCAGGCAGAGGCCCUGGCCUUCCAGGCCAGCCUGCGCAAGGCCCAGAUGCAGAUCGAGUCCCUGGAGAAGGCUGUGGAGCAGAAGGGGCGAGAGAACGAGGAGCUGACCCGCAUCUGCGACGACCUCAUCUCCAAGAUGGAGAAGAUCUCGGGUGCUGCUGCUGGGCAGGAUGCUGAAUAAAGCUCCCUGAAGUCGC